AUGCUGGCCAGCGUCGAGACCGUUGACGAGGCAGUCACUUUGGCGGAGAACGUAAGGUUCGUGCAUUCGAAGGGCGGUUUUGAGAUAAGAAAUUGGUUGUCGAACGAGAAGGCCGUCUCACACAGGUUACGGAGCGGAGCUAACAACGAUACGUCGAUGGACAUGUGUUCAAAUCAAGGUACCGAAAAGGUACUUGGUAUGUGGUGGAAUACAGCUGACGACACCUUCACCUUUCGAAUAAAUCCGCGUAUCGAUGUGAAGCUACUAAAAGGUGGCAGAUUACCCGCAAGGCGUGAAGUAUUGAGCACACUAAUGAUGAUUUACGAUCCUUUAGGACUUAUUGGCCAUUUCCUAAUGUUCCUCAAAGUUCUCUUACAGGAUCUAUGGAGAUCCGGUAUUCACUGGGACAAACCAAUUGAAGGUGAAGCUGCAAGGAAGUGGUUGAGAUGGAUCGGGCUACUACCAGAACUGGAGAAGGUAACCAUCAGGAGGUGUUACCGAACCACAACGUCAUCGAAGGCACCGAACGUACAACUGCACGUUUUCACCGACGCUAGCGAAAGUGGAAUGGCUGCUGUGGCUUACCUGCGUUUCGAGGAAGACGGGAUAGUAGAGUGUGCUUUAAUUGGGUCCAAAACACGAGUCGCACCGCUGAAACUUUUAUCCAUACCAAGGUUGGAGCUUCAAGCGGCGGUGAUAGGAGCACGAUUCGCGGAGCACAUCAUCAAGACGCAUCGGUUGAAGGUUACCAGGAGGGUGUUCUGGACGGACUCGCGGAACGUUGUGAGCUGGAUACGAUCGGACCAUAGGCGAUACAGCACGUUUGUCGCCUUUCGGGUGAGUGAGCUGGUCGAGACGACAGAGGUUAACGAGUGGCGGUGGCUUUCCACUAAGGUCAACGUAGCGGAUGACGGGACGAAGUGGCAGGGAGUUCCGGACUUAACCUCAUCCAGCAGAUGGUUCCGAGGGCCAGGGUUCCUGUGGGAAUCUGAAGAAAAGUGGCCAAUCAAUAGAAAUGAUCCGGGUGAGACAGCAGAAGAGAUACGCAAGAGCGUGUUACACCAUACCGUGGUUGAUGCUGUAGUCGACUUCACUCGUUUCUCACGCUGGAAGAAACUAUUGAAAGCGGUCGGUUAUGUUCUUCGGUAUAUCGGGAACACUCGGCGACGGAUUAGGCAAGUGAAGAAGGUGACAGGGCCACUGACACAGGAUGAACUGCUAGCUGCGGAACGGACACUCUACACGUUGGUGCAGUCGGAAGGGUUUGCUGCCGAUAUUAAAUGCCUGCGCAGCGAUGCGCGGAAGAAACAUCCUUGGAAACAGGCGAUUAACCGGAACAGUGUGCUCUACAAGCUUUUGCCUGAAAUUGAUGAAAACGGUGUACUACGUAUGAGGGGACGACUGACAAAUUGUGCGUUGUUAGGGGCUUCGUUUGCAAAGCCAGUUAUCUUACCAAGAAGACACCCCGUCACAGAUCUGAUCAUCAGAGACUUCCACGAGCGCUUUUGUCAUCAGAGCCACAGAACAGUGGUGGCUCAACUCCGGAUGCGGUACUAUAUACCGAAACUGCUAGUGGAGUUUAACCGGGUACGACGAGACUGUCAGCAGUGUAAAAUAUGGAACGCCGUGCCAAAUCCACCCCUGAUGGGGGACAUUCCUCGGCAGAGGGUAGCAGUGUAUCAACGGGCCUUCACGUAUACCGGUCUAGAUUAUUUUGGACCGAUACUCGUGGUCGUGGGACGUCACUCGGAGAAGCGCUGGGGAGCGCUGUUCACCUGUCUUACUACAAGGGCGGUUCACCUCGAAGUAGCUCAUGCACUAACAACUGCUUCCUGUAUUUUAGCUAUCCGCCGGUUCAUCGCAAGAAGAGGCUCGCCGAGGGAGAUAAUAAGCGAUCGGGGUACCAACUUCGUCGGGGCGGCGAGAGAGCUCAAAGACGCCUUGAAGGAAGUAGAUGAAAGCACGCUUAAGUCGAGGUUCAAUAGUCCUGAGUUGAAGUGGAGCUUCAACCCGCCGGCAGCACCUCAUUUCGGUGGUAGUUGGGAGCGUCUAGUCCAGUCGGUAAAGAAGAUACUGUGUAGCUUCGAUUUACCACGAUUGCCCACGGAUGAACUGUUACUGUCCACGCUAACAGAAGUUGAGAUGAUGGUCAACUCCAGACCACUUACAUACUUACCGAUCGACGAUGAGCUGGACUGUCCGAUAACGCCGAACCACUUAUUGCUCGGUAGUGCCGAUGGGAGUAAAGCAGCCGCUUUUUUCGAUGAUUCACCGACUUCAAUACGGUCGUUAUGGGGUGCCCUGCAAACCAACGCGGAUAUAUUCUGGAAGCGGUGGAUUGCAGACUAUCUACCAACACUCACCCGCAGGACGAAAUGGUUCCACCCGGUGCCGCCGAUCCAGGUGGGAGACGUAGUGGUAAUCGCGGACGGGAAUUUACCGAGGAAUACCUGGCCAAUGGGACGCGUUCUAGAAGUGACCCGUGCUAAAGACGGUCAGGUUAGAAGGGCAACGGUGCAAACGACAUGCGGGAUACUAGAAAGACCGGCAGCUAAGAUAGCGGUUCUGGAUGUCGGGAAACGCGAAACGAACGAAUGA